GUGCUUGCAGCUUGCAGUGAUUUCUUCAGGUAUCUAUUAUCUAUUAUCUAUUAUCUAUUAUCUAUCUUUUGAUGUAAUAUGAAACUGUUCUGUGUUUAGGGCUAUGUUCGAGGUGGACAUGCGAGAGCGUGAUGAUGGUUCGGUGACUCUGGGUGACCAGUGUCCAGUGGCGGUGGGUUCUUUUUUGGACUUUGCGUACUCUGGAGAGGUGCUAAUCACCGACAGCAACGUAGACAUGCUGUUCCAGCUCGCCUCCUUUCUACAGGUUUCAGUCCUGUCCAGAGCGUGCAGCGACUUCCUGAUAGAAACCAUGGAUCUUUGUAGCUGCCUGUCCCUCUUGUCCCUGGCUGAGGCCUACGGCUCCACCUCCCUCCUCAAAAGUGCCAAAGAGUUUGUGAUUCAGAACUUCAACGACCUUUCAAAAACCCAGGACUUCCUGGAUAUGCAGUUGAAUGUGUUGGAGGCAUGCCUGAGGUCAGACGCCUUAAACAUUCCCAGUGAGGAGGCAGUGGUGACCUCCCUUCUCAGAUGGGUGCGGAGCGAUAUCCCAGUACGACAGAAGCUGUUACCAGGAUUGUUUUCUCUAACCAGACUGCACCAUGUACCUGCACCUGCACUUCAGACUCUGCGUGAUUCAGACACUCUGCUCUGCGAUGAUGAGUCCUGUCUCUCCCUGCUGUCAGGGGCCCAGAGCAGACAGACCCAGUAUGACGGAUUGCUCGCUGAUGCCAGGCCGGCCACCAUGCAGAGCUACAUCUACAUCCACAAGACGGAAGAGAACGGAGAAAUCCGUCACACCUUCUGCUACUGUCUGGAGACAGACCAGUGGAAAGAGUUGGAGGGAACAACCACGUUUCCAGACCCCCCGGGAUCAUACUUGACCAGCUAUGCCGAGAAGAUGUUUGUCACAGGCGGUUGUUGCGGAAACUGUUGCCGUGCGAUCCGUCUUCACAUAGCAGAACCCGUCCACGAUGCCACUGAUGAGGUUUGGUGCUUCAAUCCUGUGACUCUCACGUGCUCGCCCGCACCGCCCAUGUUGAAGCCCCGCAGCAUGCACACGGCUGUGACCUGCCUGGGCAGAGUGUACGUCAUAGGGGGGCGGACCAAGGGAUCCAGAGGCGGGGCUCCCAGUUUGCUGGAGGUGGAGUAUUACAACCCUCUGUCACAGACGUGGUGCUCAGUCAGCCCGCUGCCCACUGCCAUCUUCUACCCUGAAGCCAGUGCUUGUGGCAGCAUCAUCUAUACUCUUGGAUCAGAGGUGGAAAUCACAGGCUCAUUUAAUCCCUCGUUGGACUGUUUUUACAGCUAUGACGCCCAGCAGGACCAGUGGAGCCGCCUGGUGGCAGAGUUUGGCCUGUUCUUCCAUGCCACACUGGUCAAGGCAGUGUCAAUUGAUAACACACUGCACCUAUGCGAUCUCUCCACUUAUAAGGUGUACAGUUUUUGUCCAGAGUCGAGUGUGUGGAAGGGUGAAGGGUCGUUCGAGUGCGCUGGGUUCAAUGCAGGAGCUGUGGGAAUGAGAGACAGAAUCUACAUCCUGGGUGGAGAUUACUCUCCUGAUGAAAUCACAGAUGAAGUUCAGGUGUUCUACAGUGGGAGGAGUCAAUGGGAGGAAGUGGCGCCCAUGCCCAGAGCGCUCACAGAGUUUCACUGCCAAAUCAUCAGCUUCAACAGAUACAGAGACCCGUGGGGUGACACGUCAUGAUGCACAUCAGACACUCACGCACACGCACCAGACUUGAAUGGGAACUACAUGUGUGUAAAAAUCUAUCCCAUGAUGUGUCUCCCUUGCCUUCAAACCUGUAUGCAUGAUGGACAUCGAACACCUGGAGAGAGAAUCACCAUCGGCGUUGCCAGAUGCACAAAUAUUUUUAUUAUUCUUCAUCUGGAUGAUAACUUCAUCCUUUGUACGAUCAAUAAUACCAAAUAUCCCAUGAUGUACGAUCUUUUCAUCAUUUAGUGACACUAUUUUCAAAUUUUCCCUCUGUCAAAGCUGAUGACCAUCCAGAGUUUAUUUUCGACUAACACCACAGCUCUUCUCAGAGAUCAUCGUAACAUGCGAGCACCGGGGGCCAAAUGCUUUAUUUAUUUAUUUAUCUAUUUAUUUAUUUAUUGAAGCUUUAAUCCCUAAAAUUGUACAUGUGAAGCACCAGCUGUCAUAAGCUAUUUGUCGUGUCAAUCUGAAUACGGUUCCUCCCAUGGAGGAACCCUAUUGAGUAGAGGA